AUGGCAGAAACCACACAGCCCGCAGGGUUACUUUUCGACAUUGGCGGAGUCUGCGUCGUCUCCCCAUUCCAAGCUAUCCUCGACUAUGAGAUCGCCAACAAAAUCCCCCCCGGGUGGGUAAACUUCAGUAUCUCGCGAUCUUCGCCCAACGGCAGCUGGCACCGCCUAGAACGCGGCGAAAUCAAACUCGACGCCGACUUCUUCAAAGCAUUCAAUAAAGACCUCAGCAACCCAGAUCUAUGGAAGAAAUUCCACGAAACGCUUCGGAAAAAGCAGUCUACUACCGGUGUUCCGUCACCACUGCCCCCACUCCCGCAGCUGGACGCGGAGUUCCUUUUCUGGGAAAUGAUGCGGGUAUCCCGGACGCCGGACCCUUACAUGGCGCCUGCGUUGAAGAAAUUAAAGGCCUCGGGGAAAUUUAUUCUGGGCGCGCUGUCGAAUACGGUGGUUUUUCCCGAUGGGCAUCCGUACAAUGCAGACGAAAGUGGCGUCAAGGGGCAGUUUGAUUUCUUCAUCUCGUCGGCGCAUACGGGGCUGAGGAAACCGGAUCCGAAGAUCUAUGAAUUUGCGAUUCGGGAGAUGAACCGGUUGGCGCGGGAGAAGGGGUUGAGGGAGGUUGGUGCGUCGGACAUUGUUUUCUUUGAUGAUAUCGGGGAGAAUCUGAAGGGCGGUAAGAAAGCCGGGAUGAGGACGGUGAAGGUGAAUCUGGGACGGACCCAGGACGCUGUCAAGGAGUUGGAGAAGAUUACGGGGCUUUCAUUGUUGGAGGCAUCGGAUCGUGCGAGAUUGUAG